GGGAGAUAAGCCGCGAGACGAGCAACAGAUAACAAGGUAAGCAACCAGGUAGAUGGGUUCUAUCUACCAAACUAUACGAGUAAGAUUCAAUUCGUAUUUUUUUUUUUAUCUUUUUAAGUGUAUACUAUUAAAAGGUAUAUAUACUUUCUUACUUUAGUUCAAGAUUCGUGUGGAGUCGGGUUCCUUGUUCUAGCGAACUUACCUACUAUCUUAGGCCUUGGGUACUUACAGACUUUUCUUCUCGGCUUUUCUUUGACGUAAAAACGGCCUGGCGGAUGCUGGGUUCGGGGUCCGAUUCUGGGGCUUUACGUUAUUGUCUGUUAUUAUUACGAUUUAUUUUGUUGUUUAGGUGAUUAGGGAGGGAAGUGACUUAUAAGUCUGUAUGUGAUUGUGGGAAAUAUCGUUUGAUUGAUAUUGUCCUGCUGUUACUGUGCGACUGAUAGUUUGGACGCCGUUUCGAUAUAAGCGGUUUAUUGAUGGCCUAAGGAACGCGAUUCAAACGCAUCCUCGGUCGCUUGCAUUUGCGGGUGUAUAAGUCCUAGUGUUUGUAGUUAAACCUGGGUGAUACAUCUACAGCAAGGAAUCAAGUGAGCUUCUAUUAAACUACAGGUUCUUCGCAAUGGGGGCCUUCACAGCUGUUGUGAACGGCAGUGCCGAAUCCACGUACCCCGAAUCAAGGGUACUUAUCAUCAUUACUGGAGGCACGAUCUGUAUGCAACCAUCGGCCAGUGGCCUUGUACCGGUUGAUGGAUUUUUGGAUAAUGCGAUGGCGCCGAGGCCGUCGUUCAAUGAUAUGUCUGAAAAAGUCCCGUUGAGUGUAGUUAAAGAUGGCGUUAAGGUCACUAUCGACAGUUUACGGACGCCACCCAGUUCAUAUUCGAGACAUAUUCGGUAUGGUGCUCUUGAGUUCUUACCGUUACUCGACUCUUCUAGUAUAAGCAGUUUCGGUUGGACUCAGAUCGCCACCACUAUCAAGGAGAAUUACCACCUAUUCGACGGCUUCGUUGUACUCCAUGGAACCGACUCCCUGUCUUACUCAGCUUCCGCCUUGUCUUUCAUGUUGGAAGACCUAGGCAAACCCGUCAUCUUAACAGGAUCCCAGGCGUCCAUAUUCGCACUUCAAUCAGAUGCAGUGGACAAUUUGCUCGGAUCUCUCAUAAUUGCAGGCACCUUCGUAAUCCCCGAAGUGUGUUUGUUCUUCCACCACACAUUGUUUCGCGGAAACCGAACUACUAAGGUAUCCGCUUCCUCCUUCGAAGCCUUUGCCAGCCCCAACCUGGCACCCCUCGCCAAAGUGACUAGUCUCGGCGUUGACGUCGCAUGGUCCCUCGUCCGCCGUCCUAAUCGAAUCGCCCGCUUCCGCGCCGUAUCGUAUCUCGAUACUGCGCACGUGGCUUGUGUCCGCAUCUUCCCCGGUAUCAAACCCGAAAUGGUCGACUCAGUACUCCGUGUGCCUCAUCUGCGCGGCCUCGUCCUUGAGACUUUCGGCAUGGGAAAUGCGCCCGAAGGUGUAGACGGCAGUCUGACCAAAGCUAUCGCUGAGGGCGUUCGUCGCGGUAUCAUCGUGGUCAACGUAAGCCAGUGCACCAGCGGCUCCGUAUCACCACUAUACGCCCCCGGAUUCGCGCUCGGCAAAGCGGGCGUCGUUUUCGGUCACGACCUCACUUCUGAAGCUGCUUUGACUAAGCUUUCGUACCUCCUCGCGCUGCCAGGAAUCGGCGAUAAUCCUGCGGAAAUCGCCGCACGUAUGGGCAAAUCCCUACGUGGAGAACUGACAGAACUAUCCACACCGUCAUUUUCGCACCCUCCGUCAAUAGCCGGCAAUUCCGACCAAGCAGGGACGGGUUAUGGGCGUCUUAACGCGGCGGAGGCGGCAUUUGCGGCGCUGGGAUACGCGAUAGCAGCUGGUGAUCUAAAGACGAUGAUAGAGAUUCUAGGAGAAGAGGAGUUAGGACACGAGGAGACGCCGCUCCUGCAACAAGCCGACUAUAUGGGUAACACAGCUACGCAUCUAGCCGCUGUCGGUCCAAAUUCGGAGGUAUUGAAAGAGCUGCUGGUGCGUGGGGCAAGCGUACAUGCACGGAACCGCGCGAAUAAUACGCCGUUGUUUCUCGCAGAACAGACGGGGAAUACGGAGUGUAUCAAUAUCUUGAAAGAGGCGGGGGCAUUACUUUGGGAAGAAGAGGGCGCGGGCAAAAAUGCCUGAUGCGGAUAGCAUCGACUUACUAUCUUGUCGCAUACAUAGAUGGGUAGACUGGAUCAGCGGCGUUUCACGAUACACAGAUGUUCUGGUUAGUUGUGGUAUGUAUAGGCGAAGAUUAUCCCAAGAAUAUAGACCGGCAUCAAAUGCCUCAAUGAAUGUUACGCUUACCGGACUUGUCAAUGUCUCAGCAUUCCUGAAACGUUAGAGAAUGAACUUAUUCAAAAUAGC